GGUGGGAUCCCCGCAGUUGUGCCCUGUGGGGCACAUGGAAUAUUUUGGAAGAUAUUGUUGGAGAAAGGGGUGAUGCUUCACUGUGGUGCUUCUGACGAUGGUCCAUGAACGAACUCUUAAAUUUUGACAGCCUUAACCCCGAUCUUGGCAAGAACUAUUGCUCCUGCUUGAGCGAUCGACCGAUGGGAGACUUCAAGCAUUUGGUUCUGGUGAAGUUCAAGGAUGGCGUCGUAGUGGAGAAGCUGAUGGAAGGGAUGCAAAAUCUCGUUGCUGAAAUGGACACUGUUAAAUCAUUCGAAUGGGGACAGAAUGUGCUGAGCGAGGACAUGGUCACACGAGGCUUCACUCACAUGUUCUUGUUGACAUUUAGAAGCCCAAAUGACCUAGCCACUUAUGCCAACCAUCCCAGCCACCUCGAGUACGCAGAAAAAUUCACUGCAGCCAUCGAUAAGGUCUUGUUAUUUGAUUUUCCACCAAUUCUCGUCAAGCCUUCAGCUUGAAAGGAAAAAUAUUUGAAGAUGGGGUCAUGGUCAGGAAAGUCCGAAAUAGUUUAGCGUUCAUCCCAUGCUGCGUUCUCAUUUAACUGUGUUACGUAAUGAGCUAGAUUGGUGAUUCUGGUUUUGUUGUCAGGUGCUGUCCUUCGGCGAUUUUUUAUUUAAAACAAAAAAUUAGGUGGCUCUCAAACUUCUGUUCUCUCCUAAUCCUGCUAUUUAGAGCUGUUUUCUGAAUUUUAUUUUGGUGUUAUUCGAGCUCCACAUCAAAUUCUUAACGCCCUCUCAUGAAAUUGUAUAUCCUUUCGAGUGGCCUGACCUUUGUUCAGUCCCAAUGCGAAGUAGGAAAAUGUUCCUCUGCUAAAUUACAUUUUUCCACCCUACUUCGAUGGAUUUGUGUACUAUCUGGGCGACAUACCGCAGGCGCCUACGGUUGCUGCUUCGCACGUCCAAAUGUUUACUCGUUACCGGGCUAACAUAUCUCGCUGCUUGGCACUUGCAGUGCUACUAAAACUAAAAGCCCAUGAACAGCGUUCUCGCGCACCCGAAUCAGAUAUCUCCGGCCACCGUAAACACGCACAUGCGCUCCAUUCACGUUAUCCUACCAACUCCACCGGAUCUUAUCUUUUCCCUUCUCCUCGGUCCCCUUCCGCCACCAUCUCUCUAGACCCACAUCCUCCUCGUAUACCGCUUCUCUUCUCUUUACAGCCUCCAUGGGAGAGGCACAGACAAAUCCAAUGGCAAGAUUCCUCGACGAACACUGACUGUUUCCUCUUCUGGACUCCUAGUUCUCAGAUGACUCUACCAUCCAUGGAUAACAGGCAAGACCAGCCUACUUCAGCAGGAGGCAUCGGAAAACAGGAGACAAAAAAAAAACAACAAAAAAAAAAAAGGGAAAGAGGGGCAAAAACCACGAGGAAGAAAAAUCUCAUAUCUUGAUCCAAUCAGAGAAAAAGAAGCUUCUCGAAUCUCUUAAAAAAAAUUAGAAAUAUAGAAAACGAUGCUCGCACAAUUGGACUAGUACUGAAUCAUGGACAGACGACGAAUAGAGAACAAGAAGACCACGUAAGGAAGAUAAUCAUACAUGGCAGAUACCUAUAUUCAAAGAUGACUUCAUUACAGAGAAGCAACCAUUGGAGUUGGAAAAGGAAAGAGAGAACUGAACUGUAUAAAA